AUGGCGGACCCAGAGGACAACGAGAAAGCUGCAUCCAGCCAGGAAAGUGCUACCAGUACCAAGAGAUCUUCUUCGGAAGCAGAUACCCCUGUGAACACUAAAAAACACAGGCCGAAAGAUGAAUCACCCGACGAACAGAUUGCCCAAACUCCACGACCUCCCUAUUACGCUGUCAUUUUUACAUCACUCCGGAAUACGACGACGACAACAAGCGAAACUGAAGCGUACGGGAAAACGGCACAACGCAUGGUCGAAUUGGCUCGACAGCAACCGGGAUAUCUGGGUGUCGAGUCGGCAAGGGAUGGUCUAGGAAUCACAGUCUCUUAUUGGAAGGACCUGCCGUCCAUACGGCACUGGAAACAAAACUGCGAGCACGUCCAAGCACAAGAAAAUGGAAUUCAAAAAUGGUAUUCCGCCUAUACCACCCGCAUUGCAUUGGUGGAACGAGAUUAUAGUAUGUAA